GGCCUUUUCAGACAGCAGCUGCCUGCUUGCCGUUCAGCUUACUCCCGCGCUGCCUACCUGGUAGCUGUUGCCAAGCAACUACGGCUGUAAACAGAGAGCUCGGGGAGGCUUCUUCUGGUGUCAGACUUACUACUGAUACAGAACGGCUAAGUCAUAAGGUCAUAGAUUAUGUGGAUAUAAACAUCAAGCAUCCAGCAGAAGACAAUGUCGGCUCUUUCGGUGUUUCUGGACACUCCCACUGCCAUUCCCGGCGAAGAUGGCAAACUACGUGCUGCUUUUGGGAUGGACAGACAGCCCGGAAAGGUGUUCCUCUGGGGCGACGAGUACCUGGGAGAAGAUGGGGAGUGUUUUGUGCACCCUGUGAUUAGAAAAGUCGCCCUGCAGGUGGUGAACGAUCCUACCAUGACAACAAGUUAUUUGCCCCCUUUGGGGCUUUCAGAAUUCACAAGGAGUGCAACAGAGCUGGCGCUGGGCAAGGGUAGUCCGGCUAUUGUGCAAAAUCGGACAGGGGGAGUACAAACUCUUGGUGGGAUUGGUGCCAUUCGUGUAGGGGCCGAAUUGUUAAAGCAUUGGUACAAUGAAGGUGGCUCCCGGCCUUGGGUUGUCUAUGUUCCUGCUCAGUGUGAUGAUGCUGUGGUGAGCACACUACAAGAGACAAAGAUAAAGGAUAUUCAUUCCUACCCUUACUGGGACCCAGAGAGGCGGUGUCUGGCAUUUGAGGAGAUGUUGCAGUUCUUGGAGUCAGUGCCAGAACAAUCGAUAAUUGUGUUGUACACCUCUGCGCACUGCCCCACUGGAGCCGACCCUACACUGGACCAGUGGAAACAGAUUGCUGAUGUCAUGAUGAGGCACAGGCUGUUCCCUUUCUUUCUCCUGCCGUCUCAAGGUCUUUGCUCAGGAGACCCCAAUGAAGAUGCAGCAUCACUGCGCUACUUUGUUUCUGUCGGUUUUGAGCUUAUCUGCGCACAAUCUUUCUCUCAGAAUUUUGGACUUUAUAAUGAACGGGUUGGAAAUCUUAUUUUGGUGCUCAAGGACAGUCCCACCUUUUUGUCUGUUCAGUCCCAGGCUGAGAAGGUUGUCCAAACAUUGUGGUUUCGUCCCCCAUGUUGGGGGGCAAGGCUGGUCACUAUCAUACUUAAUAAUCCUGCCCUUGUGGUAGAGUGGAAAGAGGGGUUGCGAGCAAUAGCAGAGCGGACAAUGUUAAUGCGUGAAAUGUUGAAGGAGAAACUAAGGAUGCUGAGCAUUCCUGGCUCUUGGGACCACCUUUCCCAACAGUCUGGGCUGUAUUGCUGCACAGGACUAAGGGACGAUGAAGUGGAGUUCUUGGUGAGGAGGCAGCAUGUCUACCUGCCAUCUAGUGGGAAUAUAAACAUCUCCACUCUCAACCAUCAGAUUGUGGACUAUGUGGCAGAGACAAUGUAUCUUGCUGUGACAAAGGAAGAUCUGCUUCACAAACCGUCAACUAUUCACUUGUAAAGCUGCAUUCAGUCACCAGGCCAGAGGGACACUCAGAACUUCACCACUGCAGAUGAGAUUGUUUGUCUUAAGUAGAGUUCUUGAGUCACCUCCAUGUUACUUUUUUAUAUUUCUGGUACAAAUAGACAGUAAUGUAAUGUGAAAGAAAUAGAUAAUUGCUAACAGUUUAUAUAGUCUUCCAUGUUCUUUUUUAAAGAAAUCCAAAUAAUGGUUAUUGUUAACUACAUGAGCUGUUCUUGAUAGACUUCCUUUUCCGCAUAUAUGUGUGAAGGAAGAAAGUGAGAGCAGUUUAUCUUAUUCUUUUGGAAAGAUGUUUUACUGUGGUCCUAUUUUAAAAAUGUCCAACUAGUAAGUCCCCUACAUACAAACGAGUUCUGUUCCAAGAGUGUGUUCACAAGUGCAAUUUGUUUGUAAGUCCAACAAAGUUAGCCUGAAUGAAUGCAAUGCAGUCCCCAACCCUCAGCUCCUUUAGAAAACAUGUACAGGCACAGCUAUUUGUACAUAAGAAAGUGCUUUUCAAAGUUCUUAUCUGUAUUUUUUGUUAUAGAUUUCUAGUGCAUUUUAACAGCAGACAGUUGAAAGUUAUUUUUUAUUCCCACUGUUUUCCAUCAUCUGAUGUCAGUACAGUAAACUCGUUUACUGCUAGGGAACAAGCCUAUGUAUGCUGACCUAGCAUACCUCUCUCUCCUCAACUCUUCUCAAAAACAUAAUAUUUGCACUGUAUGUACAGUACUAAUUGCUUUUAAAAGUUAAUAUUUUACUGUGAGAUUUUUGAGACCCUGACAACCCCCCAACUGCGCUGUGCGACAACGCUCUGUUAACGUAAGCAGGGAUUGCUUGUCCACUGCCGAUGCAACUGCAAGUUCAGAUUGUUGAUGUGGGGGACAUUUAAAAGCAGCCACUGACUUGGCCGUGUGUUCACUUGCUGUUUUCACACUUAUGCAUGAAGUCUGUCUACUCCUUUAAUCUGAGAAGGGAGCGACUGCAAGAUGACGACGGUAUCACUGCGUGCGUGCUGGGGUUCCUGAGGGUGCUGAAGAGACAGCUAAGGCUUCGAUAACUUUGAGAUGACAAUAAAACUGAUGUUUUUUUUAGAAAUCUGGGCUCAUCUGUUGUGCAAGU